AAAUCAUGAACACGGAUUGCUGUCUUCAUGUUGCCGGUCGGCUGCUCGCGCCGGCUGGUGGCCGAGCUGCAGGGCGCCCUGGACACCUGUGCCGAGCGACAGCGGCAGCUGGAGCGGGACCUGCGAGUCUCCCGGAGGCUGCUGCGGACUUGGGAACCAGCUGAGAUCCCAGCUCCGGAGCCAACCCCAGGUCCAGAAACUCAUGAAAAAGCCCUGUCUCCAGUAUGCACACCCAGCCCCCAAGACCUCAAAGAGUUGGAGCUUUUAACCCAGGCACUGGAGAAGGCUGUACACGUGCGAAAAGGCAUUUCUAAGGCUGAAGAAAGAGACAAGGCCUCCAGCCUGAAGUCUAGGUCCAUUGCCACUUCUGCUACCACCGUUUUUGCCCCAACCCGGGCUUCUCAGACAAAAUCCCCCAGGGACAUCCGUCAGACUACCAUGCCUGCCAAGGGCCUCCCUAAGCCGAGGCUUCUGUCAACGGGGGAACAGACCUGUAUAGGGAGAGGGCCCCAAGCUGCCAAAACUGGACGAGGCCUCAGGGACCAACAGAUAGCUCUGUCGACUGCUCCACAAGCCCCAGAAGCUUUCACACUCAAGGAGAAGGGGACCCUGCUGCAGCUGCCCAUGGCCUUCAGGAAGGUGGCUUCUCAGAACUCCCGGCUGUGGGCCCAGCUCAGCUCUACACAGACCGGCGACUCCAUGGAUGUUACUACUUCCUCUAAAACCCAGUUCCUCCAGAAAAUGCAGAUGACUUCGGGCUGGCCCAGCACCAGGCUUAGUGCUGCAGAGAUAGAGGCAGAGGUGGGGCGCCUGCAGAAGGCCUGCUUACUGCUGAGACUGCGAAUGGGGGAAGAGCUCACAAAAGACCCCACGGACUGGAUGCAGGAGUAUCGCUGCCUGCUUACCUUGGAGGGGUUGCAGGCCAAUGUGGGGCAGUGUCUCCAAAGGCUACAGAAGCUUCGGUCAGAAGUGGUGGAACAGCAGCUGGGGCCACGGCCUGAAAGGAGACUCCCCACAGCCUCAUUGCCCUGUGGAGGAGGAGCAGACCCCAUCUGGAGCCCCCAGUUGCUUCUCUACUCCAGCACCCAGGAGCUGCAGACCCUGGCGGCCCUUAGGCUUCGGGUGUGCAUGCUGGACCAGCAGAUCCACCUGGAAAAGGUCUUGAUGGCAGAACUCCUCCCCUUGGUGAGCACACAGGAGUCACUGGGACCACCCUGGUUGGCACUAUGCCGGGCUGUGCACAGCCUUCUCUGCGAGGGAGGCCAGCGUUUCCUCACCAUCCUGCGAGAUGAACCUGCUUACUGAACCCUUCCUGUGGCAGGGCAAGCUGGUCUGGGUCUGUUGGAGAGAGGACUUCUUCUCUGGUCAGAGUUAAAUGAACAGAGAUUGAAGGGAUUUUCACUGGUGCAGUGGCCUGGGCAGAGAUGCCUGUGCUCCCCUGGGAAACCAAGGGGCAGAGUUGGCCUUCUGGCUCUUCCUGAGGAACUAGGUCCCUUCUCACAGGGCCUAACCUGGUCAGGGCUCAGCUGGGCCCUCCACAGGCUUGGGGAGACUAGAGGCCUGUUGGGCUUUUCUUAGCUACCUCUGUUUUUUCUUGCUUUAGACAUAAAAGCUGCUUGUGUGACAUUAAAACUGCUUUACAAAGUAUAUAUAUUUACAUCAUACCAAAGUGGGAUUUGAUACAUUUAUUUUUUUUUGUGUUUUUGGUUACCAAGAAUAUAUCAAGUGCA